CCAAUCUAAUCCAGUCAGAAGAAAACCGGAAAGCACGAAGAGUCGAAGACAAACAAAAUGCGCGCACGUUGUCGCGACAGCGUCUGCCAGUUUGUUUUUUUGUGUCAUGCUUGAGCGUAUAGUCAAUUGUAGCGCUUUCAGAAUCGCCACAGCACUUGGCGCUUGCCUGCACUCAUGGCUGGCAGGCUACGUGACCUCGAAACCAUUAAGUUCGUGAUCCGAGCGCUGUUGAUGGUCAACAACGGACCAACACCGUACGGAAAGUUCCUCCAGGAUUACCGCAGAACUGAGGGUCAUCAUGUGCCGUAUCAUAAAUACGGCUGCACGGACUGCCUCGAUUUUCUGCGUACCUUGACAGACACUGUCCACGUCAAGCAACAGGGCAGCGAUGUUCUCUUGUUCCCCAACUUGGACGACAACGCGGGCGAAAGCGUCCGACAUGUGCAAGAACUCAUCAAGGCGCAGAAGGUCGAGCCUGUCUGCGAAGAUCAGCGCAAGCGACCCGAAAACGUGCGACCCACCAGAGGAACCGAGCUGCACUUGCCGGACAACGUCCAAAGAAACCUCCAAAGUCUGGUGUCAAAGUUCAUGCACGGUAUUUGCGUCGACGCUCUGGAAGAUGCUUACCUGCGAGAAUUCGGAACCACAUUAAACGUCAAACACUUCGGGUUCGAUUCCCUAAAGCAAGCCUUGAGCACGGUCAAGUUCUUCGAUCUGGUGGACAUGCCGAACGACAAGAUCAAAGUUCGGCUGCAUUCUUCGAACGACAGGCCAGCAAAAAUGGCAGCUCGCGGUAAGUCUCCGACGACGGACGUGGCCAAGGCUAACGGCCACGCGCACAGCGCCAAGUCUCCGGACGCUCGGGCGACGGGGACCUCGCUCCUCAGAAACAAUAUUCAGAAAGUCCUGGAGAGGCGCACGGACGGUAUCUUUAUGUCCUCAUUUUCCCAAGCAUACACGGACGAGAUCGGCGAACCACUAAGCGUCGGCACGAUGCAGCUGGUGCAGCGAUGGCCCGACCUGUUCCACAUUGUGCGCCCAGACUCCUCCAGCGACUUCAUCCUUUUUCCCGGAACCCUAGGAGACUUAGAAGACAGCUCGACCGAGGGCCGCUCUUCGUCGAGCCCGGACAACACGUCGGACGUGAAGUACAGCCCAGUGCAGCUGCCAGCGGACAGGACGGAGGAGUAUUUUCCAGUCCGGGUAAGCUACGUUGGCAGUCCGGGCAGGUUCGCGAUCCAGCCCGUGGGCGCGGAUGGCUACGAUCCCCUCUCGGCGCUGACGCGGGAAAUGUCGGAGUUGUACAGCAGCGAUGCGGGGCACCGCUACGCGGUGGUCGGCACUCGCUCUGCCGUCCUCAUCGGCCAGGCGUACGCGGCUCUCUACUCAUCUGUGGACGACAACACCACAUGGUACCGCGCGCGCGUUACGGGAGUCUCGAGCCUGUACAACGUCGAGGUGGAGCUCGUAGACUUUGGGAACCACUGCACGGUGCAUCGCUCCGAGCUGCGCAAGCUCCGCGACGACUUCCUCGAGCUUCCCGUACAGUGCGCCAGGGCGGCGCUCGCGUUCCUGCGGCCCAGGGGCGACGACUGGUGUGAGAGUGCGUACAAGUGCUUCCUCCAGCUUUCCGCCGACAGAAUCCUGAUGUGCAAAGUGGAAAGCGAGGAGGGCGAGACGCUGAAAGUGCUUCUGUGCGACACCAACGGAGACGAAGAGCACUUCAUACAUGACGUGCUCGUCAGCAAGGGGUUUGCACUGUGCGACUUUCCCCAUGAACAAACGAACGGAGUCGCUGAAGUCGAGCGAGAACAUGUGACCCCUGCAACGGGCAAGAUCGACGUGAGGUUAGUGCAACUCAGCGAUGGAUCGGCCAUUCACGUCAUUGGGUUGAGAUCGCAGGAUUACGUUACGUCCCAAGAGAUGUCGUCGCUGGUCGGGUGGCGCGAGGACCGUGUCCUCGAGGAGCUCAGAAAAAAAGAGAUAUCGCUUGGGCACCUCGUCGUGAGGUGCGAUCAGGAGCCAGAGCUUUUCCGGAAGAUUGGGGCCUUUGCCCCAGGAGACACUGUCUGCCUUUUCAGGGCUAGCAACAUCGUGGAUAUCAUCAACCUCUUCAACUACCCGAGUGCCAAAAUCGUCGCCGAGGUCAAGCGGCUCUUCGAGCCGUUGAAAGGUGCCGAAUCUCUUGGAGGAAGCAAGGUCCGCAAAAGAGGGGCUGUGGAGCUCAAGCACCUCAAGAAACAGCUCGCCGCAGCAAACGACGAAAGAAGGCAGAUCUAUUCGUCCUUUGGGGCAGGGGCGACGAACUUGAACCAUGUCGAUGUGUUGCAGGGAAUCGAGGCGAGGAUAACGGAGUUGAAGAAACAGAUUGACAAAUUGUGCAAUGGUAGUUCAUAGGUUUUUCGCAGCGACAUAACUAACAUUUGCCAUCAUCAUUACAAGUUAAUACUCAGGAUUGUUUGUGGAAGAUGUGUCGCUUACCUUUGAAUUGUUGUGUGCCCUUGGCAAGUUGUGUUCCUGCUCUGACCGUUAAAGGUGGCAUUCACCUCCAGUUUCCCCCCCCCCCUCCCCCCAAGAUUUAUCCAAAGAUUGAUAUAUGUUUCUGUUCCUAAACGUCCCAUUUUUGUUUUGUGUUGACUUUCUGUGGCAGAAUGUUUCCAAUUUGCAGCGAGGAAUUGCUUUUUUAUUGGCAGCAAAGGUUUGCCGAAGUUUGCAAUU